GAAAGUAUUCACUUUCAAGGAUCAACAGAGGGCGCUAUAUCAGAGUUGUUUACUUCCUGGCUGCAAGUUUUGUGUGUACACUUCGAUGAUGUUGAAGAAGUCAUGUGAUGGAGGAACCAAGAGCCAAACAUAUGACAAACGGGACUCGGGAAGUAACAACGAAUAAAGAUAAGACGCACGCUGCAAAGGCCAAGCACAAAAAAAUGAGAUCUGGUGAACCAGGUGCUCGGGCAAAAAAGACAGUGUACCACUGGGGCAAUGCAGAGGUCCUACGUUGGUUGAAGAAAUAUGACCAGUAUAAUACGCUGUACAGCCAGGUAUUCCAGGAACAUGACCUGUCAGGGCGUGCUUUAGUGCGACUCAACCCAAUCAGAAUGGAGAAAAUGGGCAUCACAAACCCUGAUCAUAGGUCGGAUUUGCUGGAGCGUAUCUUACGAUUGCGCUUGAAACAUGAACAGAACGAACUAAAAAUACUUCAGAGCAGCCAACAGCAACCCUCAUCAUGAUAAGAGAUGGCAGACACCUGCUAUAUGUAAGACUAUCAGCAUAAAGUACAAUCAUAAUUGAACGCUGGAAUUCUUCAAAAUCGCCCGGAGAGUUUGGAGGGAUUGUGCAGGAUUUAAGAAGACGAGGCUUCGUCUCUCCCACUUUGCUGGGUAGGUGGCUUCGCCAUGUGUCUCCUGCUUCGCAGCAGGCCUGGUUUACAUGUGCAACUUGGACACACCUACAUACACACAAAGUCUUGUAUUCUCAUAAUGUCUGUAGACAUUCCUUUCUUCUCAUAAACACUCAUUGAAACUGAAUUUGUAACCGUGAUUUCAUUGUGUGUUCUACUAUAUUUAGCAGCACAUAACCCGACCCCAAGGUUGUUUUCCAGAAAGUGGAAAAUGUUAUGUGGCAUGUCCACAUUAUGUCUUGAGCUCCAGCAUCGUAUGGAAAUCUUAUGUUCACAGGUCAACACUGCGACUGCAAUACCUAUAGACAAAUCCAGUGGCAGCCAUUUUCUGCGGUGGCACUAGGCUCGCACGAGUUGUGCUCAGGUAGUACACCAAAAAGGGCGU